AUGCCGGUGAUGAAGGGUCUGCUGGCUCCGCAGAACACCUUCCUGGACACCAUCGCCACCCGCUUCGAUGGCACACACAGCAAUUUCAUCCUGGCCAACGCUCAGGUCCGCCGUGGUUUCCCCAUUGUCUACUGCUCUGAUGGUUUCUGCGACCUGACCGGCUUCGCCCGCACCGAGGUGAUGCAGAAGAACUGCAGCUGCCGCUUCCUCUGCGGGGCUGAGACCAGCGAACCCGUCCUGCAGCGCAUCGAGAAGGUGCUGGAGGGCAAGCAGGAGCAGCAGGCCGAGGUCUGCUUCUACAAGAAGGGUGGAGCUGCGUUCUGGUGUCUGGUGGACAUCAUGCCCAUCAAGAACGAGAAGGGGGAGGUGGUGCUCUUCCUUGUCUCCUUCAAGGACAUCACAGAGAGCCGGGGCAAGAGCCAUCCAAGCGACAGGAAGGAGGAGAAGCAGAGGAGCAAGAAACCUGGCAGCUCACACCUGCGGGCGGCACGGCGGCAGGGCAGGACGGUGCUGCACCGGCUCAGCAGCCAGUUUGCACGGCGGAACCGUGGUGAGAUGAAAAUCAAUCGGAACGUGUUUGAGAACAAACCCUCCAUCCCUGAGUACAAAGUGGCCUCGGUGCAGAAAGCCCACUUCAUCCUGCUGCACUACAGCAUCUUCAAGGCCCUCUGGGACUGGCUGAUCCUGGUGGCCACUUUCUACGUGGCUGUCACCGUCCCCUACAACGUCUGCUUCACCAGCACAGAGGACAGCCUCUCAGCCGCGCGCAGCACCAUCGUCAGUGACAUCGCGGUGGAGAUGCUCUUCAUCCUGGACAUCAUCCUGAAUUUCCGAACGACGUACGUGAGCCACUCAGGCCAGGUGGUGUACGAGCCCCACUCCAUCUGCAUCCAUUACGUGGCCACCUGGUUCUUCGUGGACCUGAUUGCUGCACUGCCCUUCGACCUGCUCUACAUCUUCAACGUGACUGUGGUGAGGGUGGGGAGAGGGGCUCUACGGCUGCACGGCGGGGGGGGGCACCCAGCCCAUUCUAUAGCCCACGAGCCUCCUGCGCUCGUGGGGAGCGGUGGAGGGUCUCUGCCCCAGAGGGAGGCGGGGGGGUCCUCCAUGGGGGUCCUCCCCAGCCCUUCCUGCAGCUCUGCCAGAUUCACCCUCCUGCCUGCUCCUCAGACCUCGCUGGUGCAUUUGCUGAAGACCGUGCGCCUGCUGCGGCUGCUGCGGCUGCUGCAGAAGUUGGACCGGUACUCGCAGUACAGCGCCAUGGUGCUGACGCUGCUCAUGUCUGUAUUUGCGCUGCUGGCCCACUGGAUGGCGUGCAUCUGGUACGUCAUCGGCCGCAAGGAGAUGGAGAGCAACGACCCGCUGACCUGGGACAUCGGCUGGCUGCACGAGCUGGGCAAGAGGCUGGAGGCUCCCUACAUCAACAACUCAGCGGGGGGGCCCUCCAUCCGCAGCGCCUACAUCGCCUCCCUCUACUUCACCCUCAGCAGCCUGACCAGCGUGGGUUUCGGCAACGUCUGCGCCAACACGGACGCCGAGAAGAUCUUCUCCAUCUGCACCAUGCUCAUUGGCGCGCUGAUGCACGCCGUCGUCUUUGGCAACGUCACGGCCAUCAUCCAGCGCAUGUACUCGCGCCGCUUGCUCUACCACACCCGCAUGAAGGACCUCAAGGAUUUCAUCCGCGUGCACCGCCUGCCCCAGCAGCUCAAGCAGAGGAUGCUGGAGUACUUCCAGACCACCUGGUCGGUGAACAACGGCAUAGAUGCUAACGAGCUGCUGCGUGACUUCCCCGACGAGCUCCGUGCCGACGUGGCCAUGCACCUGAACAAGGACAUCCUGCAGCUGCCCAUCUUCGAGACUGCCAGCCGAGGCUGCUUGCGGUCGCUCUCGCUGCACAUCAAGACGUCGUUCUGUGCGCCGGGCGAGUACCUGCUGCGGCAAGGCGACGCGCUGCAGGCCGACUACUUCGUCUGCUCCGGCUCCCUCGAGGUGCUGAGGGACAGCGUGGUGUUGGCCAUCCUGGGCAAAGGGGAUUUGAUCGGCGCCGACCUGGCCGGCAGGGACCCGGUGAUCAAAACCAACGCGGACGUGAAAGCGCUGACCUACUGCGACCUGCAGUACAUCGGGCUGCGGGGGCUGCGCGAGGUGCUGCGGCUCUACCCAGAGUACGCCAGCAAGUUCGCAGCUGACAUCCACCAGGACCUCACCUUCAACCUGCGGGAGGGCAGCGAGAUGGAGGGGAUCGGCCGUUUCGCCCGCUCUCCGCGCCUCUCGCAAGCGGUGUCACAGCCCCGCUCGGAAAGCGGCCCCGGCCCGGAGCAGCUUCUCCCCUGCAUCGCAGAGGACGAGGAAGAGGCGGAUGAGGUCUUCCAGCGAUCGCCCCCCGCCGUCACCCCCCGCGAACCGCUGCUGCCCCCACGUAGCAGCUCCACGCGACUCCCCGGCGCUCCUCGCGGAGACGAGAGCGGCAUCCCCACGGCGCGGCCCCGGGGAGAGGCGGGGGGCGGCGGGGGCCGGAGGGCCGCUCUUCUCCUCGGCCCCUCCCUGAACGCCAAUGGACCCCCUGAGCUCAGCCCCAGAGUGGUGGACGGAAUCGAGGACGACGGGGGAACCCGGGAGGUGCGAACCUUCUGCUUCGGCGCGGCCACUCGGCUGCAGGGCGCGCCCGGGGGCUCCCCGCCACCAGGGACUGCGGAACGCGGCCCGGCACUGGCGGCGGAGGUGGAGGCGGCGGAGCGCAGCAUCGUGCGGCUGAGCCGGGAGGUGCGGGGCCGCCCGGGAAUGCGGGGCCCACCCGCCCCGUCGGGGUUCACAACUUUCCGUCCCCGUUGCAGGUCGCCCACCUCAACCGCGAGGUUUCUCAGCUCGGCCGGGAGCUGCAGCGCGUGCUGGAGCUGCUCCAGGGCCGCCCGCCGCCCCCCGCGUGCCCUCGUCGUCCGCCCGGAGCCUCGUCGCCGCCGCCCCGGCCCCCGCCGGCCCUCACCGCCUCCCGGGGCUCAACCCCCUCCCGCAGCCGCUCUGUUCCCGCAGCCUCCGGCGCCCCGGGGCUGGGCACGGAGGCACCGCGCCCGCCGUCCCCCGCAGCCCCGCAGCCCGCGCCGCGCCCGCCCCGUCCCGUCCCGCAGUCCCCGACCCCGCCGCCCGCGGUGCCGCCGCGUUUCGCCCAAUCCUUCCCGGGCUGCUCGGCCCGCGCCCGCCCGCAGCCCCGCUCCGGUUCCGCCAGCGCCCGCUGAGCCGCGGGAGGGCGGAGGGACGGGGACCCCCCGACUCCGGAGACGCAUACGGCACGCCGUGCGGGCCCGGGUUCGCGUCGCUCCCGGCCGCUCUGCACGGAUUUUGGUACCGGUUUUGAUACUCUCCUCGCCCACGGGGCUUUUUGUAAACCCACCCCCCGGGGCCGCACACCUCUCGUGCCCGGUGUUGGGCGCCGGCCGCCACCCGGGGCGAUGCGGGGCCGCUGCGAGCGGGGCUCGGGGGGAUGGUGGCACCCCGGACCGAUGCCGUGAAGGACCAGCGCUGCCCCCCGGGCGCUGUCCGUUGUUCUGUGCACCGGCGGCAUUGCCCCUCUCCCCUCUGCGCCCCUCCGGACCGCACAGACGGAACGGGAAAUAA